CAAGUGAAACCAUACAUUCUAGUUCCACUUAAAGCUUGACAAAACAAUGUUUGAAGAGAAGGUUAGAGUUUUUAGAACGGACAUGCCAAAGAACAUCCAAAUUUAUGCAACAGAAUUAGCUCAAAAGGCUCUUGAUUUGCAUAAACACUCUGAUUGCUAUUCCAUAGCUCGCCACAUUAAACAGGAAUUGGAUGAAGCGUAUGGGGAAGCAUGGAUCUGUGUUGCAGGUGGUGACUUUGGAUCAUGCAUCACAUGUUUGAGUGGAAGUUUUAUCCUUUUUCAAGUGGAGGGGUUGGAAUUUCUUAUUUUCAAAGAUGGCAAGGAUGGACAUGAGAGUAAAGAAGGGGCUGUUGGAGUCAAGGCUUAAACAGGAAAUAUAGAAAUUUAAACACAUAUUUGCCUUGAACCAUAAUCAUUAAUGGAGACAUAAGGGUGCAGAAUGGGAUGCAAAGAAGAAUUGAUCGAGAGCACUUUAAAUUGCUUGUACAUUUCAAGUAUUUCUAAUUAAUGAGAAAAUGUGACCGAUUAAUAGACCUUUGUUUCAUACUA